AUGGAACAGUUAGAUGCUUUCGUAACGUGCCGCUUCCUUGUUGACGGGAAGAAGCCAAAAGAAAGUUACGUGUCGACGGGAGUGGGCGGGUGGGUGGGCUUAUGUGUCGGCAGAAAGGGGCGACGAGAGUGUGGGGUUGGGAAGGCCACCAGCCAGAUGACCACCAGCUAUACCACCAAACACCCCCUUGGCGCCCGCCCCCGUCUCGACACGAUGGCUUCUCUAGGUCUGGAGGAGAUGAAGAGGAGGAAGGCAAUGUGGUUUGGAUAUUGUAUAGGAUUACAUUUCAAUGAUGUUCUUACUCUUAAUCUAGACACAAUGGUAUGGAAAUCCCUUGUUACAACUGGGCCUAAACCCGGAAACCGUGACAGUCACAGCACAACACUAGUCGGUCACCGGAUGGUUGUCUUAGGGGGAACUAAUGGCUCAAAGAAAGUGAAUGAUAUUCACAUUUUAGAUUUAAAGACAAUGGAAUGGAGUAAGUCUAAUUCUAAGUGCAUGCCGCCUUCGCCCCGAGAGAGCCAUACCAUCACUGUGGUUGGCGAUGAGAAGCUUGUGAUUUUUGGUGGUAGCGGAGAAGGCAAAACCAGGUAUCUGAACGAUAUACAUAUACUUGACCUCAAAAGCAUGAGUUGGAGUUCCCCUGAUGUUAAGGGCGAACUUCCAGCCCCAAGAGAUAGCCACAUCGUUGUUUCUAUGGGUAAUAAGCUUAUUAUUUAUGGGGGUGAUUGCGGUGAUUGUUAUCACGGCGAAGUUGAUGUUCUUGACAUGGAGAAUAUGACUUAG